AUGCGCAUAGUUUACCACAAUGGGGGCAUGAAGAACCACGAGGGAGAGUACUUCGGUUUUUGCAAUGUUGAUAACGAGUUCUGCACGACUAUAGGCACACGACAAGACAUUAAAACUAUUUUGGAGAGCGGAGAUGGUGUUGGCAGGAAUGGCAGUGUCGCUGCCGUCGAGAUGGAAACAAAACGGGAUGCCUGCGUCAGACGGAAAACGAUCGCGAUAGAUAAGAACUGCGGCAGAGGGCUAUCAAGCUCAACAACAGCCGGGAAUUUUAAAAGGGCUUUUAUAAAUGUCGGGUCCACCGCGUUGACGCUGUUCAACAAAUCACUAAAGUGCCCGGUUCAGCGUGACACGAUUCUCUCAAGUCCAACACUCUGCGCCUCUCAUAACUUGCGUAUGAUUGACGUCGGCAACAUCGGGUUGUCUGGUUAUGAUAUAGCCCAAAAAAUGCUAAUGCUUGGACUGUGGAUGCAUCCAGGUAGCCUUUCUUUGAUUACGCUGCUAGAAAAGGGUGUUGAUAAUGACUUAUUUGAAUUUCGGAUUGAGGAGUCUGAUUCCGUUACUGUUUGCGUUUCCCAGACCAUAUCUGCCAAUGAUGCCAGUCCAGACACUGAAAUCUGUUCCAACUCUUGCGUUAAAAUCGCCAAUAACUAUAAUUUUGUCAUUUUUAUGUAUUCUCUGAAGACUAGGGACUUCCAAUUCUAUUUUGAAUCUACCUUCGUCACCUGUGUAACUAUCACCGCAGUCUGUAAAAGGUUUUCUGUCACCGGUAAUAGCGCGGAAAACAGACGCAGGAGAAUUUUAACGUGGAAGGAAAUCGCGAAAGCCUUCGGUCCACAAAACUGUUGCAACCAUCUAAACCUAAUGGCAUGGGCAGUCUCCAAGACAACUAGAAAAGACUGCAAAUGCAGAGGCCAACCGGAUGAAUGCCACCUGACGCGAGUUCUCAACGCCGACAAAGUAACUGAGAAGGACAUUGUUAGAAUCACGAGACUAGGAAAAAAAGAAGAAAAUUCUGUUCGGCUGAUAUUAGUUAAAUUUGAAAAUUUGAUGGCCAAAGACAAUAUUAUGUGGAACAUCUAUAAAACGAAGUCGAUUGAUGAAGAAUUCAAGUAUAUUGGAAUCAGUCAGGAUUUGACCAUUGACUAA